AUUUCGUGACCUUUUACGACUGAAUGGGCUCUACCCAAUCAACGACGCCUUGUGCCAAUGAGCCAGCCCAGCACGCCUCGAUCGAGCUAAUGACUCCGCGGGUCUCUUUUUUUCGUGGCCAGAAACCAAACCGUUGGCACCUUCGAAUCAGAGAGAUCUUUGAUCAAUGCGAGCGUGUGGAAGAGGAGCUAUCUGACUUGGUAGGUGGUCGUUCUGACGAUAUGGGCCAGAUUCGCAUGUGAAGCCGCGCCCUUCUUGACCAAUGACGGAAGAAGCUCGUAUGACGCGCGACAUACAGUCACAGUACACCCCCGCAUUCAACCAGACACCCAUGCAGCACAGCUAGCGCGCGAUCAGAGAGAGAGCUCCGCAACGGUCCAACCAUACAGUCAAUCACGAUGCGCGAGGCACCGACGGGUACACGCAUCCUAGCUUGCAC